AAGGAAUGCAUGCGCCUAACAUUAGGACAGUUCGAAAGCUGGGAUGAAAUAUAGUUUAUGGAUACACACGCCCAUUGUGUUCUUUGAGCAUGGAAAUUCGGUGGUUACGAAAGCGACGGUGAUGUAUUGAACACUAACGACAGCUCCCUGGAAGCUUUGAACAGCACACCAACGACAGACAGAGUUUCGCUUUGGAUAGUUAUCUACGAACAGAUUCUUUGAUUCACCAUUUGUGAUGAAUGGCACAUCUAUGAGAAACCCAUACAGAUAUUCUCAACCAGACUUCAACAAUGAACCAAUGGGAUGAUGCCUGUCUCUUGGACCACUCUGGAAGAUACUGUGGGAGUAGAUUCAUCUUUGGGGAUGAAAUUAUGAAAGCCUUUUUUAACUAUUUAUUGAUGUUCUAGCCGAAACGACCCGAAUAUCCAAUGUGUUCAGAUACUUGUUUGCGCCAAUGGAAUAUGUUAUUAAUGGGAAAGGUGCCAAGGCAGUUUGGACUUUUUUUAGGGGGUAACACUUCCUGUAAGUAGACAUCACAUUUUAUUCAAUGAUUUGUAGAGGAGCUUUUUAGCCUUAGUGUCAUCGCAUGGUGCUGCUAAUUCCUCAGUGAUGCUGCGUGGUCCAGACAUGCUGAAGAGCCGCUGCUGCGUCCUAUUUGGCGAUCUGAAGGUGCUGUUACUCCGGCCCCCGUCUCCGGUAGCGGUAUUGAUCCCCAUGACCGGACACGUACCGGACAGCCAUGGGGUCCCUUCAGACGUCAGUGGACCGGACAACAACACGUUAAUGGCCCAUCAGGGUCCGGGGGACAUAAGGACUGCCCCGCCACCGGGGGGUGCUAGCGGGCUGGAGAGAGACAGACUGGCGGGGGGCUCAGGCUGGGUUGAUGCGGCAGAGCCAUCGGGGGUAUUACACUGCAGCAGCUCCUCUGAUAGCUGGGCUAAGGACAAGCUGGAACAGAGGUUCUCCUUGUGCAGUUAUAGUGAGAGUGGCAGCCUCAGGACACCUGUCUGCAGGAUCUGCUUCCAGGGACCUGAAACGGGGGAGCUGCUGAGCCCAUGUCGCUGCAGUGGGUCGGUCCGCUGUAUCCACCAGCCCUGCCUCAUCAAGUGGAUCAGUCAGAGAGGAUCCUGGGCCUGUGAGCUCUGCUACUACAAGUACCAGGUCAUCAGCAUCAGCACCAGGAACCCGCUACAGUGGCAGUCCAUCUCCCUGGCGGUGAUAGAGAAGGUUCAGAUAGCUGCAGCGGUUCUGGGGUCUAUGUUCCUGGUGGCCAGUCUGUCCUGGCUGGUCUGGUCCUCCUUCAGCCCCUCGGCACGCUGGCAGAGACAUGACCUGCUAUUCCAGAUCUGCUACGGCAUGUACGGAUUCAUGGAUAUCGUCUGCUUCGCUCUAAUCAUCCAUGAAGGACCUUCAGUGUUCCGUAUCUUUAACCGGUGGCAGGCUGUCAACCAGCAGUGGAAGGUUCUCAACUACGACAAGACCGCUGACAGUGAGAACCUGAAGACAGCAGCCACAGUGCGGACUCUCUCUCAGCCUCAGUCUAGCCAGAGAAACCAGGCUGGGACAGGAUUAGGACCCUCCUCUGCCACCUCCCCUCUGGCUGCUGCCACCACAGCACCGGACUUAGCUACAGCAUCACCAACCACAGGGAUUGGGCUGGUCACACAGGGUUCCACUGAGCAGGCCAGGGGGACAGCUGGACCAGACCAACACUGUGCUGCCUACAAUAUCCUCCACCUUCUCAACCACCUGAGGCAGCCAGAGGCCCACGGCUACCCAAGCCACAGCACCCGGGAGCUGGUCAUGAGAGUCACUACAGUCUGAGGCUCUGACUGAGGCCUUGUCAAGGAGAGAUUUGACAUUGAAAUGAAGGCCUUGGUCUAAAAGGACCAACAAUGUUUAAAAUGCUUAAAGACAGUG